ACCAGGAAAAGACAGCGAAGCAGAAGGGCAAUGAGGGUUAUAAUGAGGCGGUGACUGAGUGAGACUUCAAGAAGUUAAGAAAUAGGAGGUGGGUGGAGAUCUAAUGUCUAAGGAGGAGAGAGGAAGAGAGACAGACAGACAAGACAGAGGAUGUAAGCAGGAUAGGUCAGAGGGAAAAAGAAAAGCAAGACUAGACACAGAAAGACAAAGACCACCAAGACAGGAAGCAGACAUGGAAGUCAACUCUUUCCAAAUGAAAAUCUGUAUCAAGUUGCUGGCUGGCUGUCUUGUCCCUGUUGGCGCAUCGAAACUAUGCCGGGUCACAGAGUGUUUGGACGGUUCUUCCUGUUGUGAUUCUGAGGCCAAAGUCUACCUGGACUACAGCUGGCCACUAUUUAUCUGUAUGCUGAUUAUGUUCUCUGUCCUAUGCCUAUGUGGUAUCUGUAAUAAUGUUUGUCGUUUCCGAAAUCGGUCUACACCACCAUCACCAAGAGAUACGCCUCUUAUAAACAUGGGUGCACCACCACCAUAUGAAGAGGUUACAGCCAAGCCAUUCCUUUACCCUCCCAGUACCUCCAGUCCGCCAUCUUACAGCAGUGUGAUACUCAACAACCCUGACCCUACACCUGCUGUUUUGGGGGUUCAAAGCCGAUGAUAGAGACACUUGAAUCUCAAUUAUGUUUACUGACAGAUGUCACACAGAUCAGUGGAGGGAUCUGUGGGGCUACUGCAUGGAGCAAUGACGUGGAGAUUUGCAGAAUAAAGACAAAGUAGAAGAAAACCACAUAAAGGUCAUAAAGAGGAACCCAAAAAGCGACACAGAUUACUUCUAGUAAUGAGAAGAGAAUUUGUACAGUGAAAAAUAAUGAUGAUUAGUUAUGGAGAGGUUAUAUGGAGUAAUAGGAGGAGAUAUAGGGAGAGGUUAUAUGUAGUAAUAGGAGGAGAUAUAGGGAGAGGUUAUAUGAAGUAAUAGGAGGAGAUAUAGGGAGAGGUUAUAUGAAGUA